UGACAUUCAAUACUGUUGUAAUAACAAGUGAACGCUCGAUUUUCUCGAUUUUCUUCUUUCCUUCGUUAAAACGAGAGCUUUAAAUGAAUGUUGUAUUUCUGUGUCUCUGCAACUUCUGUACAUUACCCUUUGUUUUCACUGAGCUUAAUCGUUGAAUCCUUUCUAUUCAACGAUUUGACAGAGGUUCCAAUUUUACAGAGCCUAGAAUCCACAGCAUGCACACCAAAUUCACUUAAGUGUUUUGCUCGAAUUAUUUCGUAUUAUAUGACUUCUUCUAAGAGCAGGGGCGCCAUGACGGGGAGCAUCAACAACGAGCAUCCCUCAUUCCCAAAUGUGAUCAAAUUUCAACUGGGGAAAAGAAAGAAAGAAUUAUUUUCCAGUGAAAGGGAUGAAUGCAUCAUUGGCAAUGCCGAUGAAGGAAGAACUGAUGGCAAUGGAACCCCAACUGGAAAUAAAAAGAUCAAGUUGCUUAAAGUUAAGAUGAGCCCUGCAUCUCUGCAACCGAACGCUGGUGUUCAAUCUUAUAAAACAAAUGCUCGUAUUUUUGGCAUCAAAGAUGCAAUUCAUUUGAGGGGAUCCGAUGCAGAUAAUGGAACUGAAAAUUGUAUGAAUAAGAAGGAAGUUGAUGUUGGCAGAUCUCUCGACAUGCUUGUAGAUGCCAUUCAGCUGAUAGAAGGUCAGAGAUUACACAUAAUUGUGGAGCAACAGGGCCAAGAAAAGGAUUUGAUAGCUGUUUUACCUGAAAAUAUCAUGGAGGAUUUGAGACCUAGUUUGCAAGAUCAACAAUUUCGGGCAAAUGAUUGUCUCGAGGAUUCAAAUAAAGUGGUCUUGGACGGAGAACCCUCGGAUGCUGGGUAUAAUUGCAAGGGCAUUUCAAAAGCUGUUGAUAUAGAUUCAAGGACAAUGCUUCGUACUCGGUCCAGAGGAGGGUGGUUACCAACAUUGCCUUCCAAGUAUUCAGAUUCUGUCUUGCAGCCAUGGAAGAAAGUUACACGAAAAUGCCCUAAUAUAUUAGAAGGUAAGGGGGCUCAAUGUUAGAAGCUAGGGUAUCUCACCAAGUAAACAUCUUUAUUUUUUCAGGCUAGAUCAUGGUAGCUGAAUCAUUGCAAUUAUUAAUUUCAUUUAACCCUGGAAUUUCAUGGCGUACUAUAUGCUGAUUAAGCAAUUGCCAUGCUCCCUGCAUUUUUGGGUAUUAGUCCUUUAUGAAAUUAUCUGGGAAUUCAGUUGUUGGUUAAGAGUAAUGGAAUCUGAAUUUCAAUGUAAGAAACUGAAGUCAGGCAUUGGGUUCUGUAUAUUUUCUAACAGUAACUAUUUGUUUUCCCUGUCACACAAGAGCUCGAGAAAAGGAUAGUAUGUAUCUGAGCUCUGUAAAUCUAUGUAGCUGCUUCUUGAUCAUAUUAACUAUUUGAAAAUCUAACGUUUUGUAUGAACUAUUGACAACUGGGCUGCACAAUGAAUUCGAAGUAUGUUUUAUUUUGGA